AUCUGGGAUAUUAAAGAUCGAACGAUUCGGCAUGUUUUCACUGGUCACGAACAAGAUAUCUACUCACUUGAUUUUUCGCGCGAUGGACGUUUAAUUGUAUCCGGUUCCGGUGACAAAACUGCUAGAGUUUGGGACAUGGUGACUGGUAACAUACUGUACAAGCUUACGAUUGACGAACCAAGUCAGAAAGAUGCAGGUGUUACUAGUGUAGCCAUCAGUCCCGAUGGCCUUUACGUUGCGGCAGGUUCAUUAGAUAAAAUAGUGCGCGUCUGGGACGCGCGAACAGGUUAUCUUCUCGAACGUUUAGAGGGUCACAAAGAUAGUGUUUACUCUGUAGCAUUCGCGCCCGACGGUAAGACGUUGGUUUCAGGAAGUCUCGAUAAGACCUUGAAAUUAUGGGAUAUGAGCCAUCCCGGAAGAACUCCAAGUAGUGGUAGUUCAAAUACGAAGAAUCCAGCAAAAAUGACAUUUAGUGGACAUAAGGACUUUGUUUUGUCUGUAGCGGUUUCACCCGAUGGUCGUUGGGUAGUUUCGGGAUCAAAGGAUCGUGGUGUACAAUUUUGGGAUCCAAACAAUGCACAUACACAAUUCAUGCUGCAAG